AUGGCUUGCGAUGAGGAUGUCUAUGGAGAAGACAAGGCUGGGGAACGCAAAGGGAACAAGCGACCUGGAAGAGGAGGUCGCGAAGCUGAAGCAGAGCUUGGAGUCCGUCGAAGCCGAAAGGGCACAGGCGUUCGAAGCGGCGAACAGGUAUUUGCACCAAAGGCCGCCGCCUUACGAACUUGGAUUUCCAAAAGGCGGAGCUCGACCGUCGUGCGGAGAGAUAAAAGAGCUUCAAAGGACAACCGCCCGGCUCACCAAGGAGUCGUGAGAAGACCGAAAUGCGGGGACUUUCGAACGGCUCAGCGAGCUGAAGAAGAUAAAGGGGCCUUCGAACAAGAAAGGCUGGCCCUUGAGACCGAACUUCAGAAGUCGGGAGUCACUGCACUGACUGCGGAAAUGCAGAAUCAUCUGAGGAUGGAGAGAAGGCUGCGGACUGGGCAUCGGGUCCAUCUACGCCCUUUGCUAACUAGCCUAAUCACAACGAAAAGUUUCCUUCUGGCUUUUGUCCUCUUGGCCUUGGCUUCCUCAUUGGCCUCCGCAUUUGAUCCCAGUCCUCUUCAGGACUUCUGUGUAGCCAUAGAUGAACCAAAGAACGCUGUGUUUGUGAAUGGGAACUUCUGCAAGGACCCCAAGCUCGCCAAAGCUGGGGACUUCUACUUUUCAGUUAAGAUGCCUGGAGACACAAACAAUCCAGUUGGUUCAAAUGUUAGCGCUGUGAAUGUCGAUCAAAUUCCAGGACAUAACACUCUUGGCAUUUCAGCUGCCCGUAUUGACUUUGCUCCUUAUGGCCAAAACCCACCUCACACUCACCCUCGUGCCACUGAGAUUCUUGUAGUUCUGGAGGGUACUCUUCUUGUUGGUUUCGUCACUUCCAAUCCUAAUAACACACUUAUUAGCAAAGUUCUUAACAAGGGUGACGUGUUCGUCUUCCCCAUUGGUCUCGUUCACUUUCAAUUCAAUAUCGGAAAAACAAAUGCUCUUGCCUUUGCUGGUUUGAGCAGCCAGAACCCCGGUGUCAUUACUAUUGCCGAUGCUGUGUUUGGGUCAAACCCUCCAAUUAAUCCAGAUUUUCUUGCCAAGGCUUUCCAGUUGGACGUAAAAGUAGUGAAAGAUCUCCAGGCGAAAUUCUAGAUGGAUGAUUAGAGAAAUGUGUCAAAUGCACUGAAUUAGCUUCUAUAAUUUGAAUAACGCUUGCCUAGUUUAUUGUUACAAUGUUGUAAUAAAGUGGUUACACAUUUUAUAUGUGCCUCCACCCAAUUUGUUUGU